AUGCCUCGGCUUGAACGAUUUGGAUUCGUCGGCCCUCUGGCCAGGUUCAAAGCAUUGCCUUUACCCGUCGUCAACAUCAUCGCACUUUUAGUGUUGGUGAACGCCGUCGUAUGGGCGGCCGUCGGCGUGGUCCUGCAUUACUACCCCAAGAUGAUCACGCCGGCCGUGCUUUCGUACACGCUGGGCCUGCGGCACGCCCUCGACGCCGACCACAUCUCAGCCAUUGAUCUCAUGACGCGGCGCUUGAUUGCCUCGGGCCAGCGACCCGUCACCGUUGGCACCUUUUUCAGCCUGGGCCACUCCACCAUUGUCAUCAUCACGUGCAUCGUCGUGGCGGCGACCUCGGGGGCGCUGCGCGACCGCUUUGACAAUUUCCAGUACAUUGGUGGCAUCAUUGGCACCAGCGUCAGCGCCGCGUUUCUCGUCCUGCUCUCUGUGGGCAACGGCUGGAUUCUGUACCGUCUGAUUGUGCGGCUGCGCCAGGUUCUGCAACAGCCCGACCCGCACCACGAGGUUGGCGAGGGCGAGAAUGAAGAUGAGGCGGCGGCAAACCUCCAGCUUGAGGGCGCCGGUUUCAUGGCCAAUGUGUUCCGCAAAGUCUUUCGUGUCGUGGAUCGCCCCUGGAAGAUGUAUCCGCUGGGCGUCCUCUUUGGCUUGGGUUUUGACACGAGCUCUGAGAUUGCUAUUCUUGGUAUUGCCAGUAUCCAAGGUGCUGCCGGAACAAGUCUCUGGAUUAUCCUGAUUUUCCCCAUCCUGUUCACAUCCGGCAUGUGUCUUUUGGACACUACGGAUGGUGCAUUGAUGAUGGCUCUGUACACAUCCAAAGCCUUUGCACGGGACACGGUAGCAAUCUUGUAUUACUCUAUCGUUCUGACGGGUAUCACUGUUGUCGUUUCGGCCUUUAUUGGUAUCGUACAGAUCCUGUCCCUUGUCCAGAAUGUGGCCGAGCCCGAAGGUAGCUUUUGGGAUGGUGUCAGUGCCAUUGGCGACAACUUUGAAAUUAUCGGAGGUUGCAUCUGCGGGCUUUUCCUAGUCGCCGGAAUAGGUUCUGUCAUCAUCUACAAGCCCUGGCGCCGCAGAAUCGAACAGCGCCGUGUCCACCGUGUGGCAUCUCAUGACGAGGAGGAUCGCUUCAGACCAGAGGAGGAGCCAGUCGAAGCAGAACAGCCACAGCUCAUUACUGUCGCGUCUACCGAGGACAAUGAGCAACCAACAACGUCGCCAAAGCAGCCCAUAAGGGAGACACACACUUCAUUGGGGCCUAGCUAA